AUGGGUCUUUUGAGAAGAUUAUCUUAAGUAUUCAAAUCAGAAGUUCCUUAAACUAAUAAUGAACAUUUGCACGAGAAUCAACAGUAUUCUAAGAAGGUAUGAAAUAUCUACCAAUAGAUUGUUUUGGAAAAUGGAGAGAGUGUAAAUGUUAGAGGAAAUGAAAAUCAAUUUAAUUUAGUUAAAACAAGUAGAUACACAAUUACAAAUUGUUUAUAUGUGUUGAUAAUUAAAUUUUUUAAGCGAUUUCUGAAUUUGUACUUAUUUGUCAUCAACAUGAUAUAAUUAGACUAUAAUUAUCUAAUUUCACUCCUGUUAACAUUUGGUAUACAUACAAUAAUUGAAUUGUACUUCGACAAUCAAAAGAGAAAAAGUGAUGAAAAGAUAAAUUCUCGCCAAGCCACCGUAUUUGCAGAUUUAAAAAAAAAUGUAUUGAAUGUUGGCUCUUCUAAUAUAAUUAAAUAAGGAGGAAGGAAAUCUUUAAAUUAAAAUAUAAUUGAGCAUGAAAACUUAGUUAAUAAUAACAAUUAUCAAAAGGAUAUAUGUAUGAGAAAGGUAAGUAUUGAUACAGUCACAUAUCGUCAAGAUAAAUAACCUAGAAUUCCAUUAUUUACAAUUAAGAGAUGGGAUCAACUUCAAGUGGGUGAUAUCAUCUAUUUAAAGAAUAAUGAAAUAUGUCCAGCUGAUGUUUUAAUUUUAGAUAUGGGUCAAUCUGUUAGUAUGGCUAGUAAUACUGUAAUGAGUGGAAAUACAAAUGAAGUUAGAAAAAGAGCUUGUCCUUUGACUACUAUAUCUAAGGAACAUAAAAUAUAAUUACUUGAUUAUCGCACUAUUUUAAAUGGGAUUGUUAGAUAUGAUUAAACUGAUUCAGAUCAAUAUUAUAAAGGUAUGGUAAAAUUGAAGAAGGAUCCAAAACCUUUAGAAAUUAAUAAAGAGAACAUUUUCUUUAGAGAACAAUUAGUACUUAAUGAUUUAUACAUUUUUGGAGUAAUUCUUGCUGUUGGACUUGAUUGUAGAUGCUAUAAAUCAUUUAAACAUGUAGAAAAAUAUGGAUAUUUCGAGAAUAAAGCCAAUUUGUAUUUCCUUAUUGCCAUAAUCUCAUUAAUUGUACUCAGUGUGAUUUAAUAUACCAUUGAAUAUUAUGGUGAACAUCAUUAUAAUUUAGAAUUCUAAUUAAUCAAUUAUUCUAAUUUAUUACCUCUUUAUUUUUACUUUCUUAUUGAUCUACUUUAUUUUACUUAAAUGUUGUACAACAAUUACUUAUUUUAAAAAGAGAAAAGUAAUUCAAACAUUAAACAAUAGGAAGAUAACCCCUUAUUAGAUAAUGCACAUAUAAAAUUAAAUCAUUUACAUGUGAAUUAUACUCCCAUCUCUAAUUUAUCAUUAAUUAAUCAUGUGCUUAUUGAUAAGACUGGAACUUUAACAAAUCCUAAUUUUAAAAUAAAAUGGAUCUUUAUAUUUGAUUCACUUUAUAAAUUAAGAUACAGAGCAUUUGCUGAAAAAGAAUUUUAAGAUGCAAUUAAAUAAACUAAAUUGAGAUAAGAAUUAAAUAUUCCAAUAGAUGAAAGAAUAGAACCAGAAUCUACACCUGUUAUAAAAUGCAAUAAUUAAGAAAUUAUUUUUAAAUUAGAAGAAUUAGAUGAUGAUCAUCCUCCAUAUGAUGAAUUACAUCGUACUUAACCUCCUAGAUUCAGGCCGGAAUCUUAAAUUAGUAGUUAAUUUGAUUAAAGUGCUGAAGGAGCAUAAAUAUAAAAAUAAUCUUAACCAAGAGGAAGUAGUCUAAUUGUUAAUAGUUUACAUGAAAGUAAAAGACAAUUAACAUAUUAAAGAGGUAGUUAAAAGUUUCAUGCACCAAGAAUUCCAUCUAAUUUAGAAAUUGUUUCAGAAGUAGAGUUUUCUGGAACUGAAAUCAAUCUCAUUAGAAGAAAAGAAGAUAGUGAAUUUAAACCUCAUUAUUUUGAAGCUAUGUUUGCUUUAGUAUUAUGUUAAAAUACAAGGUCACUUUAUUAAAAAAGUGAUGAUUCAUUCUUUUAUGAAUAUAGUUCAGAAUUAGAUAAAUUAUAAUUACAUUUAUGUAAACAUUAUGGUUUUCAAUUCAUUUGUAGAAGUAAAUAAGAAAAUUAAAUGAGAUAUAUUAUUUAAGAUGGUGAAGAAAUUCAUAUCAUAGAAGUUAUGUCCUUACAUUCUUUCAAUUCCAGAAAAUUCAGUAUAAUAAUUAGAUUGUAAGAAGAUCUUUGCAUCAAAUUAGGAUUAGAAAAUGAUGAUACACAAUAUUUAUAAUACUUAAGAGAUGAUAGCUUAGAUAUGAUAGGUUGUUUAUCUUUAGAAAAGGAUUAAUUAGCUAAACUUGAUCUAAUGAUAAAAGAUUUAUAAUUUUAGGGUAGUAGACCAGUUUUAUUUUAUAGAAGUUUAAUGAAUGAGAUUUAAAUGUAGACAUUUAUUAAAGAAGCAAAUAAAUUAUUAGAUAUUUAAUCAAAUAAAAUUGAGUUUAUGAAUGAAUAUCAAUUUUUAAUGCAUGAAUUUGAAAAAAACUGUGAUCUAGUAACUGUUGUUGGAGUCUAAGAAAAAAUCAAUAAGCAUAUAAUUCCAUCAUUAAAUGGAAUCAAAUCUCUUGGAGUUCCAUGCUGGAUUGUAAGUGGAGACAAUUAUGAAAAAGUAUUACCAAUAGCAUAUAAAGUUUAAUUACUUAAUUAAAAUGAUACAGUAGUUCAUAUAUAUGCAAAAACUUAGGAUGAAUUAUUCUUAUAGUUAAAAUAAUAGUUAUAAAAUUUGAGUGGAUAAUUAAGAUCGCAUUCUAAUAAAAAAGAUUUAAGGCAUUCAGAUACAUUGAUUCAUAAAAAAGGUUCAUUUACUUGUAGUCCUAGAUGGAUUUCAGGUGGUUAAAAAAAUCUUCAUAUUAGAUAAUUUUAAAUAAUUAUUUGUGGAGAAUCUCUAGAAUAGAUUUUAAAGGAUAUUUAUUUGAAGAAACAUUUUUAAUUUUUAUUAUAAUUUACAUCAAAUUUCAUAGGAUAUAGAAUGACACCUUAAUAAAAAUCAAUAUUAAUAAAAUUAUUAAAAGAUAGAAAAUUGAAUUAAAAAUUUAUAUUAUCAAUAGGGGAUAGUUAUAAUGAUAUGAAUUUAUUUAAUCAUUCAGAUUUCGUGUUUUAGAUGUAAUCUGGUAGAUAGAUAUUUCCACAUGAUAAAAACAAUUUUGAAGAUCUUCAACAUCAAAAUGGAAGAGUUUCAAUAAAAUAUUUGGAAUAAGAAUCAUAAUACUGUUAACACAAAUAAGAUCACGGUUUUAUUGAACCAUUAUAUAAUAGCGAUAUUUAUGUAAAGGAUUUUGAAAAGAUAAAUAGAUUAAUAGCUAUUGAUUCCAGAAAAUCUACUUUAUAUUUUGAAAGAAUUUUAAUAUUUGCAUUGUUUAGAAGUUUUGGAAUAAUCUACUUAAUAUGUGUGACAUAACUAAUUAGAGAUCAAAUCGAUAUUAUAUCUAAGGAUUAUCUAAAAUUUCAUUCAAACAUUUUCUUUUUAGUUUCAAGUUCAUUUAUUAUAAGUGAAAUAAGUGAGAAAGUAGAAAAUUGUAAUAAUAAUGAAUUUUUGACAUUUGUAUUUAAGAACAAUUAAGUAGAAUUAAACAAUAAUAAAUUUAGUAAAUAUGUAGCUCGUAUUACAUUAUUUCCAUUAAUUCAGGCAUUAUUAAUUAAUCUAUACACAGAAUAUGCAGAUCUGACAACUAAAAAUGGAACAAUAAUGAAAUCAUAUGAAUUAGGAUCAGGGUUAUUUUUAUUGUUAUUAAUAAUUGAUGCUUAAAAGUUGGUUUAAAGAAAAUAUAUAACUCAGAAAUAGUUUAUUUUUAAUAUCGGAAUAAUAUUUGGAUUGUAUACUUUAAUAUCAUUACAAUUUGAUUCAAUUUCAAUAAUUUAUGAAUGGGCAAAAUCAAUUUAAAUUCUAUUUUCAUUUUUAGUUAUAAUUGCUCUUCAUUCAAUUUUUAAUGUAGUGCUUUACCAUGUGAAUAGACCAUUCUUUAUGCCACUUAUUAUAUAGACAAAUAACGAGUAUGAUGAAAUUGUAAAAAUAUAUAAUAAAAUAUCUGGGGAUGUAUCAAAAUAGUUAAAAUAACAUAGAGCAACCAUAGAGAGAAUAUCUUAUUAUGCUAGGAAACUCUUUAAUGGUGAUGAAGAUAUGGAUCCAAUAAUUAAAUAAAUGUUAAGUGGUGCAUUUGCUGAUGAAACAGAAAACUCUAUCAACUCAAUUACUCUAAGAUUCAAAUCACAAUUAGUAUAAAAUAAAUUUACAGAAGAUACACUUUAAUAUGUUGUACAUACAUAUAGAAUUAUAGUUGCAAUAACAUUUUUAUUCUAUGAAAUAGCUACUUAUACAAUCAUCAUAUUAACACUUGAACAUUUGUAAUUAAAUUAUUGGACUGACUAUUAUUAUAUCUCAAUGUUAGGAGUAUUAUUAUUACUUAUGCUAUUUUGUUGGUCUCGCUAUUAUAAAAUGUAUUUUUUUGAAGUCAACUUUAUUAUCCUAUUUAUUCGAUGCUCUUCUAUAGUUAUUUGGUUAUUUAAUUAAGAUCAAUCAGUUGGAGGAAUGAAUCUUAAUAUGUUAUAAUUAAGUUUAGCUGUUAAUAUUUAUCAUUACCAAGAAUAACCACUUUUAAGUUAGGUUUUUUCAGGUAUUUAUGUCAUAAUAUACUUAAUCUAAAAAUCUGAUUAAGAUGACGUCUAUAUUCUGAUCAAUUAAUAUGUUAUGAGCAUAGCAACAUUAUUUCUAUUAGUUUUGACAUUCAGAAGAAUAAUUCAUAUAUUUUUAGAAGUCUUUUUAGGAAGAAUUAAUAUGAAUAAAGAAAACUAAAUUAUGAGUGAUAUUUUAUCUAUUCUCCUUCCUCAAUUUAUAAGAGAUCGUAUCAAUAAAGCUGGUCAAUAUGAUAUUCAAGAAGAUUAAGGUAUGGUAGCAGUAUUAUUUUGUGACAUUAUUGAUUUCGAUUAAUUAAUUAAGAAUGAAUAAUCUAAUGUAGUUGAUAUAUUAGAUAAAUUAUUUAGAAGAUUUGAUUUACUUUGUUAACAACAUGAAGUAUAAAAAAUUGAAACAGUAGGAAAAACUUAUAUGGCUGCUGCAGGACUUAAAAUUCAUUUAAGCUAAAAAACUAAUCCAGUAAACAAAGUUAUUUCUUUAGCUUUAGACAUGAAAAAGUAUGUUAUGUCAAAUGAAAUCUUUUAAAUUAAAAUUGGUAUUCAUUAUGGAAAUGUUAUUGCAGGAGUAAUAGGUCAUCAUAAACCUUAAUUUAGUUUAAUUGGCGAUACUAUUAAUACAGCCAGUAGAAUAUGUUCUACUGCUGAACCAUGGGAUAUAUCAAUUUCAGAAUAGGCAUAUAGAUAAACAAAUAAAUAUGAAUUAGUUUAUAUUUAAAGAGAUGUAGUUGCUAAAGGUAAAGGAAAAUUAAUUACAUUUGUUGUAAAUACAAAGAGAGGAGGGAAACAAAGAAAAUAAACUAUCAUGAUUUAAAGACCUCCUAAACAACCUUUUAGAGAUCCAAAAGAAUAUUAAAAUUUAGAUUAAAUUCAUGAAAAUUAAUUAGCAUCUGAAUUUGGAGUUAGUUCGAAUAGAGAUGUGUAACCUUUAGUGACAAGAAAUGAGGAACCUCAACCAUUAACUCUUAAUAAAAAGUAAAGAAGUGAAAUUUAUAAUUAUGUAACAAAAACAUAAAAAUAAAUAGCACUUGAAAGUCCAAAUAAAUCACUUUAAUAAUAAUUAAUAUUUUAAUAAUCUUAAGCUCAAUUAAUUCUAAAUUAAGGAGGAGGAUCAUCUAAAAAUUAUGCAUCUUAAUCCUUAGUAGGAGGUAUAUAAUCAUAAGGAUUUGAUGAUAGACAUCAUAAACAUUAAGAUUUGUUAUAAUUUUUAGAAAGAAAAACAAGAUGUGAAUUGAAUGUUUCUGAUUAUUAAAUAAAUAUGGAAUAUGAAGUUGAAAAAGAUAAAGUAAGGGCAAUUUAUAGUGUUGAUGAAGAUGCUUAUGGUCAAAACUUAUUAUUGACUCUAAAUCCUAGAAAAUUAUAUUUAGAAUUUAAUGAAGACACAACUGUCACCUUAGAGUUUUAUGAAUUUUUAUCAGGAUUAUAUAGGCCUUUUGCUGUUCAAUACUUAUUAACUAUAGGAAUAUGUGUUUUAAUAAGUUCAGUAUCUUGUGUGAGUUUAGAUGGAUAAAUAUAUGUAGCAAAUUUGAUAACAGGUGGAAUGGUGGGUCUAUUACAUUUAUUAUUAUGUACUCUUAUUCAUAAAUAAGAAUCCUUUUAUAAUAUUAUAUACUUUACAAUCUUAGCAUAUUUAUUACUUGGUAGUUAUGCUUUAGAUUGUUUUAUAAUUACUGAUCAUUAUGAAAUUCAAAUGGCAAAAGGUAUUAUAUAUAGUAUAAGUGUUCUUCUUAAUAGAGUUCUUAGACAUUAAUAAAAGUUGGUUUAUAUAGUUUUAUAUUUGGCAGUGACAAUAGCUGCAAUAAUAGUGAAUAAUUGGCCUUGGAGUAGAUUUUAUUAUUGUGCCAUAAUUUCGAUAUUUGCUUUUUGUAUCUAAUUAUUCAUGUUCUUAAAAAAUGUUAAUUCUUAUAAUGUCAACAAAUAAUUAAUUGAAAAAUCAAUUAAAUAUCAAUAUUUAUUGAAUUAUUUAUUGCCAAAAAAUGUAUGAUUAAUUUAUUUAUAUUAAAUAGGUCCUUGAAGAAUUUUUUAGACCAAAUGAAGAAAAACGUGUAUUGAGAGAAUAGGCAGAUGAAGUAACAUUACUAUUUGCUGAUAUUGCUGGUUUUACAGAAUAUUCGAGUAAAGUAUAACCUGAAUAAGUCGUGAAUAUGUUAAGAAACUUAUUUACUGAAUUUGAUAAAAACUGUCUUUUACACAAUGUUUUCAAACUGUAUACAAUAGGAGAUUGUUAUGUUUUAAUGGGAAUGGUAGACUAUGGUAAAGGAAUAUAAAGGAAUGCAUCUUUGGAGGCAGUAAAUGUAGUACGUAUGGGAUUUGCUAUGAUUGAUGCAAUUAGAAGAGUAAGAGCUCACAUCAAUCAUCCAACUUUAGAUAUGAGAAUUGGAGUUCAUACUGUAUAAUCUCUAUAUUAAUUACAUAUUUAUAGGGAUCCAUAAUUGGAGGCGUUUUAGGAACAGAAUUAGUUAGGUAUGAUAUAUAUGGGCCUGAUGUACUGAUUGCCAAUAAAAUGGAAUCCAAAGGUGCGAAAGGGUUUGUUUAAGUGUCAUAAGAAACAAAGGAUAUUAUUGAAAGAGAGUUCCCUGAUUUAUUCAAAUUCGAAUAUAAACAAUCUAUAGAAUUUGAAUCUAUCGAAAGAAAGACAUCAGGAUACUAUGUAUAUUAAUGA